GUUCGGCGGAAGAGCCUCACAUCUCCUGGUCGCUGCAGUUCUACUGCAAGGUCAACAACCCCCACAGCCCACGGCCUGCACGGCUCAUAGACAGGAUACGGAAGCCCGACUCUCAAUUCCUCGUCAGGUAUCCAAGCGUCCAUCAGCGUCAUGACGGCAAACAGACAUCCACGAGGUGAUGGUGACGGUGUGACGAGAAUACGGAAGCUUGCGUCAGCGGCGGAGGUCCAGAGGCGUGGUGGGGAUAUGCCCGCGGGUUUGGAUGGGCAGCAGAGACUGGCAUGGAACUCGGCUAUGCAGUAUGAAAUCCACAGAGAAAAGGAGAGCUUACCAGGAGGAGAUCGGAGCCUUAGAGAGAAUGGCAGCACCGGCAGUUGUGUAGUGGACGUCACGAAGAUUGAUGCGCAGGCCACACGGAUGGGAGGCGAUAGUGCCUCUUCUGUUCAUCUUGUCAGCACAGAGAAUGGUGUUCUCUCUCCGUCUCCUCCUCUUCCUCCUCCUCCUCCUCUUCCAACUUUUUCUCCAUUCCUAGCUGCUGGUGAGGAAGGGGAUCUGCUCAGCUUUACAGAGAGGGGACCAGAGGGUCUUGUGGCAAAGCCUUUUCUCCCUCCAGGAGGUGCUGAAGGAGGAGGAGGAGGAGGAGGAGGAGGAGGAAGAGAUGGAGGAGGAAGAGGUGGUAACACCAGCACCAGCACCAGCACCAGCACCAGCACCAUCCAAUUGAGCAAAGGCCUGAUUUUUCAAGUGCUGAAAUAUGCACCUGUGAACCUUCGUGACCCCUUCUUGACUUUGCAAAAAAUAGCCCCCCAGAUAGGCCCCAAAAUAGCCCCAAAACUAGUCCUCCGAGAGCUGGUUAACAGACAUGCAGCGUUGGUUUCUGGCAUGCUUUACUGCUUGAUGUCUUGCAGUAUGCUCUUGCUGAACAAGGCGGUUUUGUCCGGAUACCGUUUCCCUGCCACGAACAGCUUUCUUUUGUAUCAGAACUUGAUAGGCAUGGUCUUGGUUUUGCUAGGGGGCCAUUUGGGUCUGCUCGAGUUCGAACCGCUCACCUGGAAACUGUGCAAAGUUUGGUUUCCGGUGAACUGCUUGUUUGUAGGAAUGGUGGUCUCCGGCUUACAUGCGCUGCGGCACCUGACGGUGCCGAUGGUGACGAUCCUGAAGAACCUUACGAAUGUCAUCACCGCGUUGGGAGAAAUGGCCCUUUUCAGAAAACAACAUACGGCGGGCGUCUGGUCCGCCCUCGGGUUGAUUGUUCUAUCCUCCAUUUGUGGAGGCAGUACAGAUCUUGCUUUCGCUCCCAAAGGGUACCUCUGGCAAGCAAUCAACUGUGUUCUCUCUGCUGGCUAUGCCUUGUACCUCAAACAAGCCAUGGAACUUGCUAAGGAGCAGACCCCCUCAGGGACCCUGAGUGAGGUGUCUAUGGUGCUUCUAAACAAUGCCUUGUCACUUCCCCUGGGCCUAGCACUAGUGAUCUUGUCCGGUGAGACGCAAGAGCUGGCAGCGUCACCACUGCUCCGCGACCUCGGGUUCUGGGCUUCUGCAACUCUCACUGGCCUGCUGGGAGCCUGCCUGUGCUUUUCUGUCAUGUGGUUCUUGCACUCUACAGGACCGACGACAUACGGACUCGUCGGUUCGCUCAACAAAAUACCGACCACCGUUGUCGGCGGGCUCUUGUUCCCUGCAAAGACAACAUUGCCCAAUUCUCUAAGCGUUGGCCUCGGACUGCUUGCCGGCGUUGCGUUCACCAUGGCCAAGCUCCAGCAGCGACACUCAUAGGCCCGCAGCGUCCCACCAUAACAGCUGCCCAAUUCUCCGAAGUGUUGGCCUCGGACUGCUUGCCGGCAUUGCGUUCACCAUCAUGGCCAAGCUCCAGCAGCAACACUCAUAGGCCCGCAGCAUAACAGCAGCAGCUGCUAUGCGUUGUCCUCAUUUUGCUCGACGCCCGUCGACAACUUCAUCAGUUCACUGCUUCAUAUGCUAUCCAGUCACUCUUUUUUUUUUUUUUUUUUUUUUUUUUCCACUCACUCUAUAGACGCAUGGUAAGAAAAAAUUUGACCGUGCAACCAUCCUUAGAUUUGUUCAAUAAAAAUCUGCUGCAAAU